UUGUCUCUCUCCAUAUAUGGGCAGCUGUUACAAACCGGAAGUAUGUCGUCAGCGCACAUGACCGGAACUCGAUCACAUGAUCAGUGUUUUCAAAGAAAACUUGUAUCCAUUCACCCGGACGUCUCGGAGAUUCUGCGCUUUAUUACUGUAAUUGAAAAAGUCUCGAGGGUUGCAGUGAGCUGCUAUCAGUGAGAAGUCAUGAGACUUGUGAUUCUGGAUGACUAUGACCUGGCCAGUGAGUGGGCUGCAAAAUACAUUCGCAACCGGAUCAUCCAGUUCAAACCCAGAGCUGACCGCUACUUCACUUUAGGACUUCCAACAGGCAGCACUCCCCUCGGCUGCUAUAAGAAGCUGAUUGAGUAUCACAAGAGCGGAGACCUGUCCUUCAAAUACGUCAAGACCUUUAACAUGGAUGAGUAUGUGGGCCUACCCAGGGAUCAUCCCGAGAGCUAUCACUCCUACAUGUGGAACAACUUCUUCAAGCACAUCGACAUCGAGCCGCAGAACACUCAUAUACUGGACGGCAACGCCAGCGACCUGCAGGCCGAGUGCGACGCCUUUGAGCAGAACAUUGCGGCUGCCGGAGGAAUCGAGCUGUUUGUGGGAGGCAUCGGUCCAGAUGGGCACAUCGCCUUUAAUGAGCCCGGCUCCAGUCUCGUGUCCAGGACCCGAGUGAAGACCCUGGCCAAGGACACCAUAGUAGCCAAUGCCCGUUUCUUCGGGAACGACCUUUCCAAAGUGCCCACCAUGACUCUCACCGUUGGAGUGGGAACAGUGAUGGACGCCAGAGAGGUCAUGAUUCUGAUCACAGGAGCUCAUAAGGCCUUCGCCCUGUAUAAAGCCAUCGAGGAGGGCGUGAACCACAUGUGGACGGUGUCUGCCUUCCAGCAGCAUCCACGAACCAUUUUUAUUUGCGAUGAAGAUGCGACGCUGGAGCUCAGGGUCAAAACCGUGAAGUAUUUUAAAGGGCUGAUGCACGUCCACAAUCAGCUAGUUGAGCCGACGCUCAGCGUGAAGGACUACAUGGACUGAACCCGCCAAACGGACCGUCUGGAAAACUGGACUGACAUCAGUGUGAAUGAGUGGAAACUGGCCUCGGGGACCACAGCGGUUUUGAACGGUCAUGAAGUGUCUGGAGGUCUAUGCCAGCGUAAUGUAGAUGUAAACCACCUCUGCUUUCCCAAGGUGCCAUGUGUUCAUGCACUCCACUUGAGCAAAUCUCCAUGUUCGCUUUUGUACUUCACUUUUAAACUACUUUAAGGCCAGUGUUCACAUGAAAAGACAACAUUUUAGGGAAGUUGUACUCGGAAACACUCUAACUUUAACCCUUUCAGCCAGUGUUUACCACUUUAGAUAACACUAUCACACUUUUUGACAUCACUAAUGAGAGAAAUCCUUUCUUUUAUUCAUUCUGAUAAAGCGUAUACAUCAUUUCCUCUGUACUGUAGUUUAAUCAGGAAAUACUGAAGCUCAGCAUUUCAAGCUGAACAUGUUUUCAGUGAUUAUGGUCAUUUUUUAAAUAACACAAGCUACUUAAAGUUCACUUUAAUGUUGAAUUUCACUCCAAGGCGACUUCUUGAACGUGUUUUUUUUUUAAAUAUUUUUGUUUAGAUGUUACACAAACUAGUGCUGUCAAAUUGAUAAAACGCGAGUAAUUGUCUAUCAAUCUAAACAAAAGUUUGUAAAUAUAUGUGUGUGUAAUAUAUAUAUAUAUAUAUAUAUAUAACACAAACUUGUAUGGUAGAUGUGAUUAAUCUCGCUUAAUCGAUUGGCUCAAUUCUAAAGUUCUGUCAAAUCGAUUAAUCACGAUUAAUCGCAUCUACCAAAAGUUUGGGGGGAAAAGUGUGUGUGUGUGUGUGUGUGUGUGUGUGUGUCUGUGCCUGUAUGUAUAUAUAAACACACACACACACACACACACACACACACACACACAUAUAUUGACAAACAUUUAUGUUAGAUGUUGCGAUUAAUCGAUUUGACAGCACAUUAGAAUUAAGCCAAUCGAUUAAUCGAGAUUAAUCACAUCCUUUUUUUUGGUAAGUGUGUACUAUAUAUAUAUAUAUAUAUAUAUAUAUAUAUAUAUAUAUAUAUAUAUAUAUAUAUAUAUAUAUAUAAUAACACACACACACACACACACACACACACACACACACACACACAUACAUACAUACAUAUAAUAUACACAUAAAUACAUAUACAUAUAUAUACACUUUUUAGAUGCGAUUAAUCACGAAUAAUCGAUUUGACUGCACUAAUAUAGACAUUAAAAUCUUUUUUUUUAAAUUCUCCAAAUUUAUUCUUUAUCUCUAUACAUAUGAAACAUUCAUAAUUGAUGUGACCCACAAUCAUUUGUAAUGUCUUACAUCCUGAUAAUUAUCUAUAAGCUGAUCUGUGAUCAGUUUUUCCAACUUUAAAAAGGUCUUACAAGUAUAAUGUCAUUUUAUACGAUUUCAAGCACAAUUUCUUGCCUUUGAAUGAAUCCAGGUUACUUGCAGCAUGUACAACCAGUGUUAAUGCUGGGAAAGUGUAUUUCUUCUUUGCUUAUUCAACUUAAAAAACUUUUAUUGCCAUAUCUGAGUAGAGAAGUGUGGGAAUGUUUUUGAAGUUAACUAAUUUUACAUAUGAUGUGCAGUACUCCCGUAUUCUCUUUAGUUACUGUACUUUGUGAUAUACACACUGUUUUAUAUUAUAUAAAAAUAUAAAAUGAGUCAUUUUACUCAUAUUUUCAUCUGACAUUGUGGCUUUCUGAAUAAGUGUUUGUUUGUUGCUGUUGUUUCUGAGCCCUUCUGUACUGUACUUUACUGAAUGUUCAUGUUUUUAUGGACUUGCAAAUUUCUUUCCAUUAAACUGUUAAAAGAUUGUGUGAACUGACGGUUAACAGAUUUGCACUCCAAAAACCAAAUCAUUCUCUCAUGUCUUUGUGUACUUGCUCAUGGAUGGAUAAAUAAUAAUAAAAAAAUGUAUUGUCGCUCAA